GCUGGUUCAACCUCCUGUCGGGUGUACAGUCUGUCGGGUGUACUGUAGGGUGUUGUUUCGUGGCAGCACUGAAGAUGGGCGGACUUUAAGAGCAGGCAGGAAAAGACAGGACAGUCGAUACUUCCCCGGAGCACAACUAAAAGAACACGAUGGCUGCCAUUCGUAAGAAGCUGGUCAUAGUGGGUGAUGGAGCCUGUGGAAAGACAUGUUUGCUCAUUGUUUUCAGUAAAGAUCAGUUUCCUGAAGUCUACGUGCCUACAGUCUUUGAGAACUAUGUUGCAGACAUCGAGGUCGAUGGAAAACAGGUGGAGCUUGCCUUGUGGGACACAGCUGGACAGGAGGACUAUGAUCGGUUAAGACCACUCUCGUACCCCGACACAGAUGUCAUUCUUAUGUGCUUUUCUGUUGACAGUCCUGAUAGCUUGGAGAACAUUCCAGAAAAGUGGACACCAGAGGUGAAGCAUUUCUGUCCAAAUGUUCCCAUCAUCCUCGUUGGAAACAAAAAGGAUCUCCGAAAUGAUGAGCACACACGGAGGGAACUUGCCAAAAUGAAACAGGAGCCUGUGAAGCCAGAGGAGGGGCGAGACAUGGCCAACCGAAUCAACGCCUUUGGUUAUUUAGAAUGCUCAGCCAAGACCAAAGACGGCGUGAGAGAGGUGUUUGAGAUGGCCACCAGGGCGGCGCUGCAGGCCAGGAAACGGGGCAAAAAGACGGGCUGCCUGCUGUUAUAGAAACCUGUAGAAGAGAGGAUGUCAGUUAACAGCCCAGGAGACUUCAGAGCAGGGAGGGAGGGAGGGAUGAUGGGACGAGCCUAGCAUUCAUGUCCUAGUACAGUCAGCGUACCGCACUGAUACUGGGACAUCAUGUCAGACAAACCACAAGAGACCAACGGAAAGACUUCAGGAACAAGAUGACAUCAUUUCCUUGUCAUCACAACGUUUGGACUUAAGAGUUUUCUGGUCACAUCAAGCAAAAAAAAAAAAAAAGAUAAAAUUUCAAAACUGAC